UGGCCAAGCCUCAGGCAGCAAACAGAACACAGCUAACCAGAGUUAUUCAGAAUGGUCUGGGAGGACAAUUCAUUAAACAACAUAGACCGUUUAGCAGGGAGACCACAACAAGAGGAACUCCCACUGGGAGUUUGUGGUACAGAGAUGUUGUAUGUCUAUGAGACUGUGGUCUGCAACCCCGUAGCAUCAGGGCUGGUCCUCUCAGUGGUUCUGAUGCAUGAGAAUAUUAGUGCACUAUGACAGAGGAUUAGUGGGAACACUUGAGGAUUCCAGUAAGCCAAUCUAACUGAGACGCAAUUCAGACGAGGUUCCUGUGUGAACUGGAGAAUCAGCUUACAUCACUGACCACAGCCAGAGUCCUUUCAACUGAGACAUUGGUAAAACUACAGUGUCAUGUGGUAGGAUGCCAAUAGAGGCACAUGGCUAGUAUCAUCACCAUGACCAAAUGGUUUUGACAGUUGAAUGACCACAGCAGUUUUUGUAAUCGCCUUUCUGGGGCUAUAGUUAUUGUGAUGAACGUUACCAGGGGUCACUUCAAAACCACACUGGCGUCGUUAUAAUUGUUGGACAAAGAGGAGCUCUAACCAACCGCACAAUGAUGAGACUCCCUGACCAAACAAGGCCACAGGAGAGGGAGGAAGGGGCACAGAGGGAGAUAGAGUGAGUGCAAAAGGUUGCGCUGUUGUGAGAAAACGGGAAUGUUCAAUGGGGGCAGCAGGGAGAGAAAUGAGAGAGUGACAGAGAAGGGAAAAGAAGACAAACAUGGUUAAACAAUACAUCAGUAGUACAUAAAAUGUUUACAAGCGGUGUCAAAAAGGAAAGAGACAAUGCUACUUCCUGUAUUUCCUCAGCAGGCUCGGGGCUGGACCUCUUAGCUGGACCCUGUUGUAGUGAUAGGGACGGAUGAUGAUUAUUGCAGAGUGUGAUGAACACUCCGUCAUGUCUUCAUCACAGGGAGGAGAGAUCUGCAGAACAUGGCAUGCAGAAUGACAGGAAUCUAAUCUCUAACACAACGUUUUUCUUACAUUUGUAUUCCUUCUUUCUUCCUCUUCACCCAGACUGGGAGGGGAGAAUAUACACUACAUGAUCAAAAGGUGGAAAGGUGGCAUCCUAUGACAGUGCCACAUUGAAAGUCACUGAACCCUUCACUAAGGCAUUCUACUGCCAAUGUUUGUCUGUGGAGAUUGCAUGGCUGUGUGCUCGAUUUUCUACACUUGACAGCAACGGGUGUGGCUGAAGUAGGCAAAUCUACUAAUUUGAAGGGGUGUUCACAUACUUUUGUAUAUACAGUGUAUUUAGGAAAAAUGCGAUUUCUGUCUGAUCAUUUCAUUCUCACAUAUCUGAUACUGUGAGAUAACUGGUGUGUUUUGUCCUUGUCUGUGAUGUGGCAGAAAGGCAAGCCCUGUCAGUGAGCUUUAUACAGCAGAGGAGCACUGGACUUUACAGCACCAUUCACUGUGGAUCAGACUUAUUAUGAAAUAUCUGACCCUGAAAUAUUAUGCCUCUCUUUUGUUUUGUACAGUUGAGAACCUUAUUUGGUCUUUGAAGUUGUUUUCUCUGGCACACUAUGCAUUUAGAUACUAAUCUAAAGAAGUAUGUACACAGGUUACGUCAACAAACAUCAAAGUGUAAACAUAGCCAAUAUAACAACAUUUCAAGAGCACUGAUUUUAACAUCAAAGUUGAAACAGUUCAUCAGUGUCUUGAUUAUUAAGCUGCCACAGCUAAGGUGAACUGAGCUGUGCACAAGCUGCAUCAAAGCCAACAUUCCAGCUUCCAUUUCAACUCAUGUCUAUCUGUUAACAUCACCAAGAGAAAGGCUUUGGGAGUGUAUAUUCCAUGUCUAACUCAUGUUCCACAUCUAACCAAAUAGGCCUACAUAUGGAUAUGCAUACUAUUGCAUACACAGUAUAUUGUUCUUUUUUGUAAAUAGUUGUUUUUAAGGGUUGGUUUAUAAAAAAAUAAACAACUUGGUAUAUGCUUUAUCAGCUGAGCCUCUUUCAGCCAGCCUCUCAGUAGCCUAGAUGGAAAAUAAACCGUUUAUAAUGGUAUUAUUUUCAUUUUGUUUGAGGCGAUUUUCUUGAUUUCAUUCUGUAUUCAAAUUGUAAAAUUGUGUAUCUCAAUUAUUUAGGCCUAGAUUCAAUCAGAUCAAGUGUAACCCAUAGCUGAAGUUUUGGCGGUGUCAGAGGUGUAAACUGCGCUGGAGAUGCAUUUCAAAUCGUUGAGUUCAGAACGAAAAAGUGUAGGCUGAAUAGAAAUAAUUAUAAUUAAACUAAAUACAAAUCUAGGACUUGAUUCCUGUCAGAAGUGUCCAUAAUAGUCUAAGGGCGGCAGGUAGCCUCGUGGUUAGAGCGUUGGGCAGGUUGCUGGCUCGAUUCCCCGAGCGGACAACGUAAACAUCUCUCGUUCCUCCCCUGAACCAGGAGACUGUUCCCCGGUAGGCCGUCGUUGUAAAUAAGAGUUGCGUAGUUACAUUUUAAAUGGAAUGCAUCAAGCAUUCUGCAAUUGUUCACCGUAUUAUAUGGAACGGGAUUCCCGUAUAUGUUAAUUUAAACUGUAUAUUAGCAACCGAAUAUUUUACAUUGAGAAAUCUUUUACAUUUCGAAUUGAUUUACCAUACAUCAUCUACAUGAUUUGUUUGUGUAAUUACAGUCCCAAAUGCGCUAAUGUUUUGUCACACAUACACAAAACAUACAUUUUCAAAGAUGGACUUCAAACUAGUAUGUUAAGAGGCGGUUUGGUGAUGUGGGGGGGGUUGUGUCCAGCUUUGCGCAACAUGACUGGCUGCGUGCCAUAGGAUACACAAGUGGGUAUGGCUACAACAGCACAAGGCGUGGUGGCCGAAAUGUGAUUCGCGUUUAAAAGGCCCAGCAGCUCAGAAACCAAGAAGAGUCCUUUCCCUUUAGAGUCAGGUAGCUCCAUAUUUGACAUACGGAGAUUCACACAACUCUGCCCCUCUGGAACUGUAACUAGGGCCAAAGCGCGCACAGAGGGUUUGUGCAAUGCACACUCCCGUCCAUGGGCUCCUCUUCAACGGAGUCAACCAGUCUCUGGUUUUCAGUCCUACGGAUGAUCCGAUCAUGGGGAACCUUGGCAAUGGCACCGUCCUCCCGAACGGGAGCGAUCCUUUUGGAAGAAACGAAGAGGUCGCCAAAAUAGAGAUAGCGGUCCUCAGCAUCACCUUUGUGGUGGCUGUGAUUGGGAACGUCAGUGUCUUGCUGGCCAUGUUCAACACUAAGAAAAAGAAGUCGAGAAUGCACCUCUUCAUCCGGCACCUCAGCAUAGCUGAUCUGGUGGUCGCUUUCUUCCAGGUCCUGCCGCAGCUCUGCUGGAAGAUCACCUUUCGCUUCUACGGGCCAGAUGUCCUGUGCAGGAUAGUGAAGCACCUCCAGGUGAUGGGCAUGUUCGCCUCCACCUACAUGAUGGUGAUGAUGACCGUGGACCGUUACAUCGCCAUCUGCCAUCCUCUGAAGACCCUUCAGCAGCCCACCCAGCGGUCCUAUAUUAUGAUCAUCAGCACCUGGAUGUGUAGUCUGGUCCUCAGCAUGCCGCAGUACUUUAUCUUCUCUCUGAGUGAGAUCAAGAACGGUUCGGUUGUCUACGACUGUUGGGGCCACUUCAUAGAACCGUGGGGCGUAAAGGCGUACAUCACUUGGAUAACCGUCAGUAUAUUCGUAAUCCCAGUGUUCAUUCUGAUGAUAUGCUACGGGUUCAUCUGCCACAGCAUUUGGAAGAACAUAAAGUAUAAAACCAGAAACACACACGCGGGUGUUGCGUCUAAAAACGGUCUGAUCGGAAUUAACUCUGUUAGCAACGUUACUACUAUAUCCAGAGCAAAGUUGAGAACUGUCAAAAUGACGUUUGUGAUUGUCCUGGCUUACAUAAUAUGCUGGUCACCUUUUUUCAUCGUGCAGAUGUGGUCAGUGUGGGAUGAGAAUUUCGCAUGGGACGAAUCUGAGAACACCGCUGUCACACUGUCCGCGCUCCUCGCGAGUCUAAACAGCUGCUGUAACCCGUGGAUAUACAUGAUCUUCAGCGGGCAUCUUCUGCACGACUUUACUCUCUGUUUCCCGUGCUGUAAUAAAUUACGCUACAAGUUCAAGAAAGAGGACUCGGACAGCAGUCUCCGGAGAAAUACGGUAUUGACUAAAAUGACCAACCGAAGCCCAACGUGUAGUUCAGGCACUUGGAAAGACAGUGACAACUCCCCCUAGUUCUCCAUUCAAUCUAGUCAAGCAGAGACCUAACACAACGUGUUAAACUCACAAACACAAGCUGGUGGUUAUUUAUUGAUUGACUCUUAUUGAUUUGACAAUUCUAAGACUUUCAAGGUACCACUUUAAAACGGGUGGGAUACUGACACUGAUUGAUUGAUGUGUCCCUAAAAUAGAUGAGCAUUACACCGUUGUUUUGGGAUAUAUUGUCUGGAUUGUCUGUCAGAAAAACAUCUCAAGAAUGAAGUCUUGAGAAGUCAGAGUGAUAAACCAAAAUCACAAAGUGAUAAACUAUGUCCUCUGGUAAAACAUGUUAUAAAUUGAAGAUUAUAUUUUAUGUGUCAUAUAGUCUACAGGCCAGUGUUUCAACAGGUUCCAAACCUGAUUCUCUGGAGUCUAAGACAGUUUAUAUUGGGUGAAAUACAUCAGAACUGAAUUUGAAAAUGUAAAGUAGAAAAGAAACUGAUCAUCUGAACUAUCUAAAUACCAACAGCUAUAUCAGUUGAGUAAAAUAAUAAUAAUAAUUUCUAAAACAUUCCACACUCACAGGGUCCUCUUUCCAAUGCACUAAUGAUUUUCCGGUCUAGGAAUUUCUACAGCAAAGCCUAGACUAAUUCAGAUGAGGACAGAUCUCAGUGAAUAAGGACCCUGGAUUAGAUCACAGGUUGCCGCCUGUGUUGGCCAUAUUUCCCCAGUGAGCCACUCUCUCAGUGUGAAUUAAAAAACAAAUUGGGCCUGGAUGGUUUACAAAGCAACAGAGAUGUCUGCCUGCCUGUUGGAUUUCUACACAGACACACCAGGCCAG